UUACCGCGGAAGACGAAGUGUUUGCAGCUCCAAGAAGCCAUGGCAGAAAGGCGCACACAGCCACAGUCGGAAGAUAUCCAGAAGGACUUUUGUGACUCCACGGAGCUUGACUUGUCCAGCUGCACAGGAUCAUACCAGGAAUCCAACCCAGCUCAGAGUUCAUCCUUUGGCAAUGACAGGGAGAGCCAAGGUCCAGCAUUCAAUGAUGUGAACAUGGCAUGCAGUGAUGAUGGCAGUUCCGAUAUAGAUGAUGGAGCUUCUGCUCAGAAGAAGAAACUCGAUCACUCCAGUGAGCGGGAGACUUCUCAUGUAGAUGAAAAGAGCAAGAGAGCAAAACUGGCCAAGAAGAAAAGAGGAAAAGCUAAAGUUGUCAAUGCAAAGGAUGGACGUUCUGACCAUUUCUCCUGUCAAGAGGGACUUGAGGAUUCCAGCAGUGAUGAAGAGAGCAACACAGUGAGUCUGGCUAAGAAGAAAAGAGGCAAAAGCAAAGCUGUCAAAAAAGAGCGGAAAACACGUGUGAAGAUCAAGAGACCGUGGAAUGAAGCGGAGAAGGAGGUGAUCGAAAGGCAUUUUGGAAUUUUUAUCACACAACGCAGAAUUCCGAGAAAAGAGCACUGCGUCAAGUUCUUAAGAGAGGAAAAUGGUCUCGGUGAUCGUUCAGUGAGAGAUGUUCGGAAUUAUGUGUACAAAACAAUCACUGCCCAGAAUCACAGGUCUGCUUCUAGAAGACUUUAUUUCUAGGCUCAGACCUCUGUUAGUUUAGUAUAAGUUCAGUUUAAAAGUGUUGAAAAAUGUUUAUGCUGGCUUGAUAACAUAUUAGCAACACAUUUUCUUGUGUUAUUUCAUUUUUGAUUUUUUUUUUAUUACUGGCUGCUGAUUCUCACUGAUUAUUUGCCAGAUUAGUGGUUGAAAGAAUCAGUUUUUGUUCAUUCAGAUACAUUUGACUAUUGAAUAAGUACAGACUGCAUUUAGUCAAUCAGUUCCUCAGCAACUCAUCCUCAAGUUUCAUCUUGAAAAUUAUACUGGGUUUUUUGUGUGUGUGUGUGUGGAAUUCUGACACAAUUUAGGCAGACGAUUUGAAAAGUCAUACUCUUUGACUUUAUAGUCUCAUUACCAGGGUCUGUGACCUUGAGCAGAGCCAAUAACAACCUUUUGAAACUAAAUUUGGAAAGAUCACACAUUUCUGGCAUUACUCUCAUCCUGUGCCGCCCUCUCUUUAUGCCCCCUACUGCUGCACCAACACUCCCUUUUCAUUGGCUCAGCAGUCAGUCAGCAACCAUAGCGGCAGCUGCCUUCAGCUUCACUACAUUUAUAGGAGAGACUGUGACCUUAAAAUCUAUUUAUGGUUUAAGCUACAAACUGUUCAGAACAAGUUAGUCAGGGGUGUGCUGAGUUAAACCCACUUAUUAUAACCACUGUAUUAAAGUGUUCUCA